CACACACACACACACACACACACACAUAGCCGUGGCACCUGACUUUUCUCAGUGGGGGAGGAGGGAACGUCAGAGUCAGGUGAUGCGAGGACGUGGUGGUCGGGUCUGCAUGGGAGGACUUGCAGACACUCCCUCCCUGCCGGUGCGGUUGGUGAGCAGCAGCCAACACCUCAGUAAUCCUGUUUUAGAGCGAUUUUUACCCCUGCCAAGCAACACUGAUUUAUUACUGGUGACAUGCAUAUUUUUUUCUCCCCUCUAUUUAUUCGUGGUUUCCAGGGAAGAGUGCUUUGGUUUAGUAUGGCGGAUCCGUGGUGCCAUUAUUUGUCUGGGAAAGAUACCGUCAUAACCACGAAGGGAACAAUGUGCAAGAUGAAGAGGGAAAUAUAUAAUGAGCCAACGAAAGGGAGAUGACAGAUAGGAAGAGAGGAGAGGAAAGAUGGGGAAGGCAUGAGGAUGGAGAUGCAAGACAGGUGGUACCAUACAGCAGGUGGGUAUUCAUUCGGCUCCCCCUUAAGUCGUCAGAACAGUACGGCCAAUGCAAGAUAAGACUAUCAUGCCUCCACACAUGAUGCUUCGGGAAACGUUACAUGGGGGACGGGCAGAGUUGCAAGGUAAUGAGUUUUUGCUUCAGUUCACGUCGAGUUCUCUUUCCCCACAGCUCCCUCCAUCGAUAGCUGCUGCUGCGUCCAUUUUUCUCAGCCGGACUUGAGCUAAAAAGUGACACGUGCAGCAGCGUGGGGGAAAUAGUUAUAGUUUUAGGAGGUGAGUUGCGAGCAGCGUGGUAGUAGUGGAGCCCUCUGUGAGCAGGGAAGCGAAACACAGGUUAUGGGUACAUUCUCCCACCUGGGAUGUCCACUGGUGAAGAAGUGUGAAUUGUCGAAACAGUGGCGGGACUAUUGGUGCAGUGCUGGUGUUAGCGGCACGGAGGAGGCUAGGGAGGAGCCGCCACACCUACGGCCGCCAUGCAAAGCUGGAAGGACAACCUGGUAAGAGCCGUGCGGGGCGGCGGAGGGGUGGGGGCAGCGGUCCGUAGCGGCGGCGGUGGUGCAGGCGGCGACAUCACCACUACCACCAGUGACAGCAGUAACAGCUCCACCGGCAACAACAACAACAACAACAGCACCACCACCUCCAACAGCAACAGUCCCAACAGCAGAAACGAGACGCGGGUGAGUACUACAGCAUGAGUGGAGCAGUGGAUGGUUAAGAGGUAUGGGUGACAGUCCCCUUCGCCUCUCAUAGCAUCGCCUCAUCACUCACCUCCCCGGUUACUAACCAUCCGAGGGCCUCCCGGCACACCCACCCUACCGCCCACUGCACGCCCUACACCGGCUGCUCCACCCGCCAGGGAAACGCGCCGCUGC